UAGGUUAUGUCGGUGCGUCAGCUUUCACUCAAAGAUAAAUCAGCUAGUGUUGCCAAUCACUAGGUUUGCGAGAGUUGUGUGCAAUUAUUCUCAAAAGUUACUUGUUUCAAGAUAUUUUAGCAUCAAAGAAUACAUUAGCAUAGCAAAGAGGGGAGUGAGCAGUUAAGUUUACACUGGCAAUCAGAUUGUUAAAUGGACUACUAAACUUAUUCUAUUAAGGAAACUGAAAAAUGUCUGAUAGAAGAUUUUCAGGAGGAUCCUCUUUAGAUGAUCCUCCCAACUCUAGAUUAUUCAUAAUUGGACCCAAAACAUUGAAUGAAGAUGAUUUCAGGAAGGCUUUUGAUGAUUUUGGAGAUAUUGAAGAAAUAAGGGUUGUUAAAGAUAGAAAUACAGGGGAAAAUAAGGGAGUUUUCUAUGUUAAAUUUGCCAAAACUUCCCAAGCUGCUAAAGCAUUAGAGGAAAAAAACGGUAAAAUUAUUGGUUCCGGGAGAGCCAUCAAAAUCAUGGUAGCUUCUAGCCGUGAAAAGGGAUCUAAGAGAGAAGAGAAUGAAGAAGAAAGCCUUCAGAGAUUAUUUGUUGUUGUUCCCAAAAAUAUGACAGAUGAUGACCUGUAUGAUGCUUUCAAAGACUUUGGUGAUAUUGACUAUGCUAAUAUUAUACGUGACCGGGAAACUAGAGAAAGCAAAGGAUUUGCAUAUGUUAAGUUUACAAAAUUUUCCGAAGCAGCAACUGCUUUUGAACAGUGUGACAGGAGGAAAUUCAAACCGGUUUUUGCUGAACCAAGAAAGUCACGUGACACAAUGAGAACCUCUUUUGGCUCAGAAUCAGGUUUCAGAAAUAGUGGUCCUACUAGGGCUCCACUCAUGAGCCCACCAAGAAGCAACAUUCUUCCACCUCCUGAUCGGUACUGUGAUAAUGGUUUCACAAGACUUACAGUAAUUGCCAGUCCUGUGGUGAAUCAGGAUCAAAUGUGGAAGUUGUUUGAUAUUGUUCCGUCUUUAGAUUACUGUCAGAUAAAAUAUGAAGGAGAUCGAAUCAGACCAACUAGAGCCCUAGUGGAAGUAGUGUACACAGAUCCUAAAUGGGCAGCCUAUGCCCAAGAAAAACUUCAUGGCCUAGAGUACCCUCCAGGUUUUCGGUUGAUUAUCAAACCAGAGUAUGAACAUUCACGAUCGGGUUAUGGUAAGAGACCUUUAACAUCACCAUCAUCAGGAUCAACCUCUCUGUCGACUAAUGCUCAACCUGAUAUCUUGAAAAUCGCAGAAACUAUUGCUCAAGCAACUUCCCUAAUACAAGCAGCUGGCCUUUCACCAGAUAUAUUACAACAGAAAUUGGGUCUAAUGACAGAAGCUAGGAAGAGUGAAGUAUUCUGUAGUGUGAAAUUGCCUGAUGUAGAACCCAUGGCUAACUUUGAUUCUCAAACAGAAGCUAGAUGCUUCAUUGUUUGCACCCCAUCAGCACUACCUGGGACAGUAUUGAAAGAUGUUUUUUGUCGAUUUGGAAAUUUGAUAGAUGUCUACAUGUUGAACAAUCGGAACUGUGGAUAUGCAAGAUAUGCUGUAAAGCAGUCCGCAGAAGAUGCAAUCAAGACAUUACAUGGCUCAGAAGUUUUGGGUAUUCGUUUGAAGGUGAUUGAAGCUGAAGAGAGACCAGAGAAGAGAAGGAGAACGGGCGGAGAUGAUUGAUUCCACUGGAUUGGACUGAAAUUUGACAUAGAACUUAAGGACUUAUAGACAUAGGAGUAUCAUGUACCAAAUUCUCAGUAGCCACAAUAAAUCCAAAGUACGACAAGUAAACAUGUACAUCAAUUACAAUUAUUCACAAAACCACAUAACGAACUACCUUACUCAAUCUAUACCACAUUGAAUGAGGACUCUGAGGUAACUCGAAUUGACUUUUUAAUGUUUUUUUUAGAGAUGUGUGAUUUUCGUUUCUAUCAAAAAUAUAAUUUUCCAAUUUCAAGUGACUAGCUUUGCACUCGAAACCUUAUACAUGAUAGUUUUAUAAAUAAAGUUUAUAAACAUUU